AUGUCUUUAAAUAUACCGGAAUGUCCACCCAGUUUGAAAAGUAUACAAUAUUAUCUUAAAACAGCAUCUGAGCAUGAUUCCCGAGACCCUGUUGUUGCAUAUUGGUGUCGCCUUCAUUCAUUACAAGUCGGACUUAAACUGACAACAAAGAAAACACCAGAUGAAACCAAGAUUUUAAUGACUAUCAUGGACUGGUUAGAAGAAGCUAAAAAGAUAAACAAGGAUAAUGAUGCAAUAUCAAAUGAGGUGGUGGCUCAAGCACAUUUGGAGAAUUAUGCUCUUAAGUUAUUUCUUUUUGCAGACAAGCAAGACAGAGAGCGAAAUUAUGGAAAGAAUGUGGUGAAAUCUUUUUUUUUGGCGGGCAUGAUUUAUGAUGUUCUUACCACUUUUGGUGAAUUGACUGAUGAAGCAGCCCAAAACAUGAAAUAUGCUAAGUGGAGAGCAGCCCACAUUCACAGCUGCUUAAAAAAUGGAGAGAUGCCAGAGGCUGCUUCACAACUAUCUGAAGAUAGUAACCAAAAUGAAGCAGGAUCAAGUGAUGGUGGGCAAGCACCAACUCAAGGACCGGCAGUCCCUACGAGCUUUCCACAAGAGUUUGGAUUUACUGAUAGCACUCUGUCCCAACCAACUCUACCUACCACCUAUAGCAACUUGUUACCAGAUCCAAAUGCCGCAUUAAGAGCAGCAUCACAACUUCCCCCAGUACCUUAUACGCCUGACCCUAACCCUGGGGGUUUUGUACCAUAUGAUCCCUCAGAACAACCACAACCGACUCCCUCUACGGCAUCUUAUGGAGAUAAUUCAAUGCUAGUCGCACAGCUUAGUCCCGAUCAAAUUGCUAAGGCACAGAAAUAUUGCAAAUGGGCAAGCAGUGCAUUGAAUUAUGAAGAUAUUAAAACUGCAAUUUCAAGUUUGAGGAAUGCUCUAGAGCUCCUUCAGACUGGACAUGAUCCAGCUUAA